UAUUAAUCCCCCCUCCCUAUUUUUUUUCGUCCCUACCCACAAUUCUCUCUUUAAAAAAAGUGACAGUUAUUUGAAGUCAGUACGCGCUUAAAGCUAGUUUCGAUGCCGUUGAGCAGUUUACUUUUAGAUAUUGGUCACCUUGUGAAAAGUUUGCCGGAGAGCACCAUGUAAAGCUCUGAGAUGGGACAAAGUUAUUACGAUUCGCAGAGUCUGCAUCGUCGAAUAUCGUAUCAUAGUCUCGUUUCAUUUGGCUAAACGGAUCAAUUACCCGGAUCCGGGCUGAGACAGAAAGGUACGAUAUUGUUCGCUUUUCUAAGGUGACCACUAAGUCUUUGACCUCGUGAACAGGCUCUUAGGAGUCAAAUGAAUUGGGUGAAAGUAAAAUUGCAGGUGUACUUUGACCCGGGCCAAGACAAUUUAUUUUCUGCUGUGAAAACGGGCUCUAUGCUGGUCUGCCGUCCGUGUGACUUUACAUCCGGGAACUUGAAUAAGACGAGUGUAAGAGAAAAAUCCAGAGGUUUUAUCUGCCAAUAGGCUACGUUUUUCCGAGUUAUUCGAUGUGUUAAACGUGAAAAGAUUAUGCGUGGUUGUGGAUAGUCUUAUCAAUGCAGCGAAAGUGUGUGAUAUGUGAUGGCGUGGUUGAACUGCGGUUUCGCCAAAAUGUUCUGUGCCAGCCUUAAAAACGUUUUGUCGGUGUUUAGCUUAGCUGAUUAUACGUUGGAAAAGCAACUCUAGACUCAGGAAAGUUGGAUCUAGGUCUAGUUUCAGCGGGCUCUAAUGGCAUUAAAUCAUUGGCCGGUUUUUGCAGAUAAGAUGGUGAUCAUUUGUGUACAAUGUUCAUUCAGUUUGUUGUCUAUUCCAUGCGAAAUGCUGUAGUUUAUUGGACCGCAAAAAGUAGUGUAAAAAUAGUAAGCAAAACAUAACAAUUUUUUUAAAAAUUGUUAUGUAAGCCUUAACCAGGCACUCUUUUGCUGUUACUUCACUCAACUAAAAAAUUUCUAGACUGAAAUGACACCGGUUUGAAACUUCACGAGGUCAGAUUAAUGUUCUGAAAUUAACGUCAUUUUAAAUUUGGACUCGUUGGAAUGCUUCUAGGGACCAUUGACUUACUGCCCGGCGUCAGAUAAAGGCUCGUAAUCGGCCUUUGAAUGAGUUUUAUUGUAUUAAAUUGCCAAGUUGUAGAAUGAGUUGAUAAUUUUGCUAACCCGGUUUUCAAACAUCCAGAUAUAAAUUGCAGAGAAAUCACAAAGGAGCAACUCUACAUUAGUUAAAGAUCAGUGAAAUGUUUCUCACGAUUCUCUCAUACAUGCAUGUUCUUUGUGGGCGAGCUCAUUUGGUAAAAAAAGCACCUUUCUAGGUAUAAUCAUCCUCAUUUUCUUCUUAUGUGCUCUUGGGCAUUGUAGAGUGAUGACAGGCUACUAUGUGACAUUGAAAUAUCCGGCAAAACCCAGAACUAUUGCCUGAAAAAUGUUUCCAACUUUAAAGUGACUCGAUUCUACUUAAUUUUGCUUUGCAACAACAUACUUGGACCUCAGGCACUUAUUCAAUUGUUAUAAUAAUAAUAUUAAUAACAAUAAUAAUAAUAAUAUUAAUAAUAAUAAUAAUAAUAAUAAUAAUAAAUAAUAAUAAUGAUAAGACAACAAAAAAAGAAAAAGCAAACAACUGAGAAAAUUUGACAAGUCUUGGUGUAUGUCAUUAGAGCUUUGUCGCACAGUUUACGUGAUUCAUUACAUAUUGCAGGAAGAAAUUCAUCAGGAAGCGUCGCUUAUGAUUCCACUGGCAACAAGAGCUUCAAAUUCCGCGUUAGUGUCGCCGUCAACUCCACGAAACACUGGAAGAACUGAACAUGAAAUGGAGAAAGAUGGUAGGGACAAUGACAGCGUGUCCCCUCAUCAUGAUACCAACGUUAUUUGGGAAGUCCGUAAUCCAUCGACAAAUAGGAGACAAUUAUUAAAAAGAGGACGGGAACUCCAGAGCCCUGAGAUAGCUGCCGAUAAAAAGAAAUUCAGCGAUACCACUUUUCCUCGGGUACCAAUACAGAGCAACGUAUGA